GUGGCGCUGCUGGAGCUGAAGCUUGACCACAUGGCUACGGGAGGGCCCUCGCCACCGCCGGUGGCGCGUGAGGCCUUCCACCGCGGCUUGGAGCUUCACGCCUCGCUCGACGCGCUCCUGGGUACUCACAGCCACUGUCUCGGGACCGCUCUCGCGCUGGCCAAGCCUUGGUUAUCGAGACAAGCCCACAUCGACGCGGUGCACGUGAAGAAAGAACAGGAUGCAGCGGCACACGGUGCCUUCUCUUGGCUGAGCAAUCCUGGCGGGCCGGCGCAGGCUCUGCCCCCGAUCCCUACGGGUGUCGGGGCGUGGCACGCCGCCCACCUGGAGGCAAUGCUGGCGGCAAAGGUCCCGCCCGUCCCCAAGUACGUCGUCAUUGAGGACACUGGGUCGGACACCUUCAGCGACGACCUGGGCUACAGCAACGUGUGCUUCCCCGUUGUCAGUCCGGGGUCGUCCGGGGGGGGUCAGUCGUCCGGGGCCAGUCCGGGUCAGUCCGGGGUCAGUCCGGGCCAGUCCGGGUCAGUCCCGGGUCAGUCCGGGGUCAGUCCGGGGUCAGUCCGGGGUCAGUCCGGGGUCAAGCCGGGGUCAGUCCGGGGUCAGUCUGGGGUCGGUCCAGGCCCGGUCAGUCCGGAGUCAGUCCGGGGUCAGUCCAGGGUCAGUCCGGGGCCAGUCUGGGGUCAGUCCGGGGUCGGUCUCCGGGUCGGUCCGGGGUCAGUUCAGUCCGGGAUCAGUCCGGGGUCAGUCCGGGGUCAGUCCGGGGUCAGUCCGGGGUCAGUCCGGGGUCAGUCCGCGGGCCAGUCCGGGGCCAGUCCGGGGCCAGUCCGGGGUCAGUCCGUGGUCAGUCCGGGGUCAGUCCGGGGCCAGUCCGGGGUCAGCCCGGGAGUCCAGUCCCGGGGCAUUGUGGUGCAGAGGGUGCGGCAAGCUCAUCUGCCCGUGGUGCUGGCCGCCCUGGCUCGAGAAGCGUGUCCACGAGAUUGCGAGUCCUUGUACGUGAUCAACCUCGUGGUCUGCCUGGUCGUCGUCGUGGUGCCGCACGUCUGCGUCCAG